GUUUCACAGAGGGAAUUUUUCAAAUCGAGAAGAAGCGCUCUGUGUUCACAGGAAAGGAGUUUAACAACACACACAAUGCAGAGACCAAACAAAGGGAAGACUCCUCGGAGGCCUGGCCCCAAAAAGGCAUCCAACAUAGACAAAGAUCCUGUUGGAGUAUACUGCCGUAUACGUCCACUUGGAGCAGAGGAUGAGGAAUGUUGUGUUGAGAUGAUCAGCAGCUCCACUAUCCAGCUACACGCUCCUGAUGGCCUCAAAGCCAACCGCAAUGGAGAAUACAAAGAGACACAGUACUCCUUUAAAAAAGUAUUUGGUAUUAAUACCACUCAAAUGGAGCUGUUUGAGGAUGUUGCCAAGCCCCUGAUAGAGGACCUUAUUCAUUGUAAGAAUGGACUGCUGUUUACAUAUGGUGUUACUGGAAGUGGUAAGACCUUCACCAUGACCGGCUCACCUGGGGAAGGUGGACUCCUCCCUCGUUCUCUGGAUAUGCUCUUCAACAGCAUUGGCCCCUUUCAGGCCAAAAGAUUUGUGUUUAAACCAGAUGAAAAAAAUGGGAUGGAGAUCCAGGAUCAAGUUGAUGCUCUCCUGGAGAGACAGAAGCGAGACAGUCAGCAGUCUGUGCCCAAAACGCCGUCCUCCAGGCAGAGGCCGGACCCAGAGUUUGCAGAUAUGAUCAGCACAGAGGAGGCAUGUAAAUCUGAGAAUGUGGAUGAAGACUGCUGUUACAGCGUUUUUGUGUCCUACAUUGAGAUCUACAACAACUACAUCUAUGAUCUCCUUGAAGAUGCUCCAUUUGACCCAAUCAGACCAAAGUGGCUGGGUGGAGGCACGCCUGUACGGAACAAUGAGUUCAUAGCGCCUCAAUCUAAGAUUCUCCGUGAAGAUCAGAAUCAUAACAUGUACGUGGCUGGCUGCACAGAAGUUGAGGUCAAAUCUACAGAGGAGGCUUUUGAAGUCUUUUGGAAGGGGCAAAAGAAAAGGAGGAUAGCCAACACUGAACUGAACCGUGAAUCCAGUCGUUCCCACAGUGUGUUCACAGUAAAGCUGGCCCAGGCACCACUGGACGCUGAUGGUGACCACAUUCUACAGGAUAAAAACCAGGUGAAUGUGAGUCAGCUGUGUCUGGUUGACCUGGCAGGCAGCGAGCGCACCAGCAGAACCAGAGCAGAAGGAAACCGCCUCCGUGAAGCAGGCAAUAUUAACCAGUCCUUGAUGACACUGCGCACAUGCAUGGAGGUCCUGCGUGAAAACCAGAUGUGUGGAACUAAUAAGAUGGUGCCUUACAGGGACUCUAAAGUUACACAUCUGUUUAAAAACUACUUUGAUGGAGAAGGGAAAGUCAGGAUGAUCGUGUGUGUCAACCCAAAGGCUGAUGAUUACGACGAAACCAUGCUGGUGAUGCGCUUCGCAGAGAUGACCCAGGAGGUGGAAGUGGCACGACCGGUUGACCGGCCAAUCUGUGGCCUUGCUGCUGGGCGCAGACACAGAAACCGGGCCUUCAAGGAUGAGCUGUCACGCCGUCUGGAAGAGCGAGGAGGUCCCAGUAACGCUGAUGACCCGGCUCUGCUGAGUCAGCUCAUUGAAAGCCUCCCAGCCAUGCCUCGUUGUGAGCUGGUGGACCCAGCUGAUGAUCAGACGUUGUCCCGCCUGAUUGAGGUCCUGGAGAGGAGGCAGCGUGUCCGUAAUAUGAUGACAGAGCAGUUCAACAAAACUGCCAACACACUGAAGUCCAUGCUUCAGCAGUUUGACAGUCAGCUCAGUGCAAAGGACACGUUCCUCCAUGAUCAACGGAGCAAACUGAGCGAGAGGGACCGAGUCAUCAUGAGCCAGAAGGCAGAGCUAGAACGAUUAGAGAAAAAAUCCAAAACGCUGGAAUACAAGAUCGAUAUCCUGCAGAAGACAACAGGCAUGUAUGAGCAGGACAAACGCUCACUUCAGCAGGAGCUGGAGACGCGGGAGCAGCGGCUACAGAGAGAGCUGUCAGAGAGGAGGCGCAUGGAGCAUCGCAUGCAGGGCAUCGUGACAGACACCAAACUCAAGUGGGAGAAGGAGUGUGAGAGGAGAGUGAACGCCAAGCAGCUGGAGAUGCAGAACAAGUUGUGGGUGAAGGAUGAAAAGUUGAAGCAGCUCAAGGCCAUCGUGACGGAGAGCGGCGGCGGCGGCGGCGGCGUGUUUCCCACUGAGCGUCCAGAAAAGCCUGAGAGACCUUCGAGGGAACGCGACCGCAACUAUGGCCAGAAGAGAUCUGCCUCACCAUCGCCACUUCCUGACUGCAGCCAAACUCCUACCCACCAUAAUCGAGCCAAUGUUAGGGCAGUUAAGGAUGCUUACCCCACCUCCACCACCUCCUCCUCUUCCUCCUCAGCCUUUCCCUCAGUAGCCUCCUGCAUCUCUAAUUGGGAGCAAAGGCUCCCUGUAGACUCAAGCAGCCAAGCUAGGCACCCUGGGACUCCCCAGUACAGGAGCCGGACUCCCGCUUCAGGCCUCAUCACCAGCAGCGUGGGCCGCAGGAGAGGCCAGCGUUGGGUCGCAGAGACUGAGGCCCCUGCUACAACUCUUGUCAAUGGGCUAAACCUAGAGGCAGGCAUAAGGACGGCCCCUCCGGUUCAUCCAACGCACAGGCGCUCACACUCUGCGGGUGGGGAGAAAUGGGUAGACCACAAACCAGCUUCUAAUUUGGAUCUAGACACUGUCAUGCAGCCAAUCAUACCCAAUGCAAUCAAGGUGUCGACCCCGAACGAGAAAGCUCUGUCUAAAUGUCACAAGUAUGUACUUAGACAUCAAGAGCUUGCCUCAGACGGGGAGAUCGAGACCAAAUUGAUUAAGGGCAAUGUGUUUAAGACCAGAGGCGGAGGACAAGCUGUUCAGUUCACUGACAUUGAGACACUAAAACAAGAGUGUGCAGCAGCAUCAAGUCGUAAGAGGCGAUCAGGGUCUGGAGAAGGACCAGCUCAUAUGGAGGAUGUAGAAAACAGGGCUCCGGUGGCAAACACAAGUACAGUCCUCGGGUAUCCAAAACGCAGGAAGCCUUAAGACACUGAACAUAUGAAGGAACUAUCUUUUUGAAAACAUGCAGCAAGACUUUGCGGAGCAGUGAAGGGACCGCCGUGUGAAACUAUGCAUCUUUUUGAGAGUCGGGGCAUUUUUUUCUAUCAUGACUUAUCUUAUAACUAAUUAGGGUGCAAUUCUAAUUUAAUCAUAGUCGAACACAGCAUAGAAUUUUUGGAUUGUUAUUUGCUUGAUUAGUGUGCUGUUUCCUUUUUGAGUGCUUGAAUAAGACGAGGACAUGUUGAGUAGCCAAAUAUGAAUGUUUCGUGCUAAAUUUAAUAUUUUGUUACUUAACCUUUUCACUGCCUUUUUACUGCUACCCAAAGAUUAGAAUAUUUUUUUUUACUGUAUAGUGUCAUUGCGUUUCUCUGUGUGUUAUACAUUUAUUGGAUGUUACACUGAGCAUAUGUUGGAUUACAAAAAAUAGAGUCCAGAACAAAGUUGUCGCAGAGUUAAAAUGUGUAGACCUGUAAAUAUCGAGCUGCUAAGUAGGUUUUGCUGAAAUCAAGCUCUGACUUUCUGUAAAUAUUAUGAAGCUUUUUGCAUUUGUUUAUUGAAACAACUGAGAUGUGUAGCACACUACUCUUUUUGCUGUCAUUAAAUUUAUUUGA